AUUAAAUUAAUGCAUAUAGACGUCGAGAGAUCGCAAGUGACUCAGUACAGUUAGGAACAGCUACCAGUUUGUAGUACUACUACUGUUAGACAACUGCACCGUGAAUUUUGAAUAUCAACGAUUCUAUUACAAACAAAAGUUAUUAUACUUUAUAAUUUUUUUAAGUGAGCAUUAAACUGUUUUGGCGCGAAUUUUGCAAAGGACAGAAGGAGUUAUCAUUUUAAUCGCUGGGGUGGUAUGUGGAUAAAUUUGAGCCGUCAUGGAUCCCAGUGCUCUACAAAACAUGGAUCGGGACGCAUUAAAGAAGCAAAUUGAGAACAUGAAAUACCAGGCAUCGAUGGAACGAUGGCCGUUAUCUAAAAGUAUUGCAGAAAUGCGAUCUUUCAUCGAGGAAAAUGAGAAAAAUGAUCCUCUAAUUAAUGCCCCGGAUAAGAAGAACAAUCCUUGGGCUGAAAAAGGAAAAUGCGUUCUUAUGUAAUAUUAUCGUAAACCACAACAGUACGAAGCCAACAUUCAUAAGUAUCCCAUUUAUUACUACAAUCACCAUAAUAAUGCCACAUGUCAGAAAAAUUUUAACAAAAAUAAUAAUUAUAUAACAAGGAAAGAAAAGAAAAUAAAGCAACCACUACUAAGAAUACAACCACAAAAUAUAAUUAAUAACUCCAAUAGCAACAAAACAAAUGUGCAUCGAUCAGACAGCCAUAAUGCAAUAAACUGUUCUAAAGAACAAAAUUAUUAUAAUAAUUCGUUA